GUCUUACUAGGGGUGGUUCUUUCUUGGCAAAGGAAAACCCACCUUUUUCAUUGUUUGGAUCUCGAAGGAAUGUGUUGGUUUGAUCUUGCGGCACAAAGGAGGGACUGAGAGAAGGAACUAGCGAGGACCCUGCUGAGAACUGUUCUAUUCAUCCCUCAAAAAGUCAAACGCGACUGAGUAGUUUGUCCUUCCAGAGAGCUACCUCUCGGACGCUGAUUUGAGCUGAGCUCUUGAGAAAUUUGUUGGGAACUCUCAUCGUUCUAGCGAGUGCACAAGGUAACCAAACCUCACAUGGAUCAACAGUGACCGUAAAGACGAAACGGAAAAAACCCUUCUUCCUGAAGGUAGGACUGGAAACAUAUAGACCUUCAACCACCAUACAAAAUCACCAUACAAAUGUGUACCCCUCCAUCAAAUAAUCAUAGAGACCUCACAGUAGAUUAGUAUCAGAUAUAAAAAUGACGGACACAACAAAUCGCCAUCUGAGACACAAGUUGCAGAGCUUAGGACGACGUUUGGAUGAGCUUGAAGAGGCAAAGAGCAAACUGCAGAAAGCUGAGGAUGAACUUCUUGACCUUCAGGACAAAAUUAUUCAGGCUGAGGGGAGCAAUUCCGCACUCCUCGCCGAUGUGGAAGCUAUGCGGAAGAGAUUGCUCAGAAUUGAAGGCAAAGACGAGGAGGUAAGAAAAGCAGAGGAUCUUUGUCGGGAGGUUAGGGAGAAACUAGAUCAGGAGGAGAAACUUACAAAGGAGCUUAAAGUGGAGAUAGAGCGUCUUCAGCACAGAAUGACGGAUCUUGAGAAGCUCGAAGAGACUUUUGGUAAAAGCAAGUCAGACUGUACCCAAUUGUGCCUUAGUCUUAAUGAGGAGAAAAACUUGACCAAAAAGCUCUCCUCAGAGCUUGAAGCCUUGAAGGCUCAUAUAAAGGAGGUGGAUUACUCUGAAGCUCGACUGGACAGAGCAGAAAAAUCUCUUGCUGCGGAUAUGGAGAAACUAAAGGGUCUCACUCAGACAUUUGUGAAUGAACGCAAAAGGCUUCUGGAAAGGCAGAGAGAGGAUGAGAAAGUCAUACUCAAACUGACCGAGAAACUUGAUCGUCAGAAAAACAAACUAGGUACAACAGACCACAGCCAAUUUGAUUCUAGAGACAUUCGAAUUGAGGAUGAGUUUUCAGCAGGCCUUACCUGCAAACUGGCCAGGAAGAAGAGUUUUGACUACUUCAAGCAUUCACAUGACUUGGAUUUGAGAAAUGAGUCAGAGAAUGAAAAAAAUAGCUUAGAGGGGCAGGAAGAUAAUAAGGUUAAGGACCUCAGUCAAGAAGUGGAAAGACUGAAGAAUCGUUUGAAGCAGAUGGAGUUAGUGGAAGAGGACUUGAAGAACAUGGAAUCCAAGAAUGCUGACCUGAUAGACAAGUACCAGCAAGAGAGGAGCCGUAGUCAAGCUCUCCAUGAUCAAGUUGAACAGAUGAAAAUGCAGCUAAAUGGUUGCAGUGAUACUUAUGGAAACUCUGCAAUUACCAGUGGCACAAAGGUCCUGGAGAAUGGUAAGGCAGAAAAUGAGGAGAUCAAUGUACGAGGAGGCUUCAGACAGGAAAAACCUAAAUUGCUAAAUAGGAGUCCUGCUGCUGCUGAAUCAACCUCUAAAUACAAAAGCAGAGAUGUGUCUCCUCAGCAGAGGCGAGAAAACAAGCUGAGGAACAAAGAGCUCUGUCAUUCCACAGAGAGUUCCCCAAAGACUGUAAGAAGAGCUCUUAGUCCAGCACAUAGUGUUAAGAAAGGUUUGAAGUCUGCUGCUUCCAGUUCUGACAAUGGGACAAAAGAUGGAAAGAAAGAUGAAAAACAUGGAAGUGCUGCACAGUCCUCAUCAAGCACAUUCAGUGAGAGCAAAAAAGCUUCAGUCCUUAGUCGCUAUCCUCCGGCUGCUAAUGACCAAAAGUCUUGGAAGACUUCAGUCAAGCAGAAUGACAGUGAAAGCAAGACAAGUCGAACGGAGAAGUUGUUCAGGUACCCUGGAAGCGAAAGUGAAUCAAACAGCUCUGAUGGGGUACCCUUACUUUCAGCCAGGGCUGCUAGCACUGUUUCGCCUGUGCAAGGAUUAGCUGAACCCGAGAGUUUAGAUAAUUCGCAGAAUGCUUCUACAUUGCUGAGUCUGUCAAAGGCAAAUGGAUCAUUUACUGCCUAUAGGUCCAAUGUAUCUCCAUCUAUUGAUCAUGGUUCUGAUGGUCACUCCUCAGCCUCAGAAACAGAAUCUACUGGCUCUAGGCGAUCAACAGGUGAACAAAGUGACCCUGCUUCUUUAAUGUCAAAUACAAGUGCAAGAUCAUCAUUAAAGUACCCUAGAUACACACUCCUGCAAGAUUCUCACUCUGAUAGCUCCUCAAAGGGCUCGUUCAGUGAAGAGCAACACAGACCUCUUAUGGCAGAAGGGGAUACCCAGGAGACUACACAUAACACCUCAGGUAUUGAGGUCCGGAGGGUAUGCAGCCCUCGUGAAGCCCUCCAGUCAAAAGCUGUCAUCAAGCAAGCCAUUGUUGAGAUUGACAGGAAAGAAAUUAUGUCAGGGGGAAUUACAGAACCUUUGGCCACCAGUGGAAAGCCUAAGAUCUCCACUAAGCCAAUGGUGACCAGCAAGAUGACCAGCAGUAUCACUUUCUAUCCCAAUGACCCCAGCUCAUCUCGAACAAGCAGUCGGAGCAGCAGUCUAUCAAGUGAGCCCCCUUCCAAGGAAAGGCACACUUCCACCAGUAAUAUUGUUAUUGGCCCAAGCAGUGAGCAAAGGGGCAGCAUCUCUAUACCAUAUGAAAUAUCCAUCCCUAAGAGUGAGAUCACUCUGCAUCAAAGUGAGAAUGAUUCUGACUUCUCUGAAGCUCACAGUUUCCUCGAAGCUGCUCCUGUGGAGGCAACCCUCCUGACUCAAAGCAGCUUCAGCCUCCAGUCUUCAGAAACUUCAGACUUCAACAAUGACAUUGAGUCUGGGUUUGAGAGCAGCACUAGCAGCACCACUGUGACUAGCUGGAGAGGCCAAAGUCACAACCACAACUUAUAUGAUGACAGUUUGUCGGAAAUGAGAAAUGUCACUGUCAGAAGCACUUGGAGGAGCCGUGGGGCAACUUCUGUGGAUGAAUGUGGUCGACCACUAAGGCAAGAUGGCUCAGAGGAUGAGGGCGAGUCUGCCACAACCUGGAGAGCAUAUAGGGCAACUACAGUGUUGGACACUCCAUCAAACUCAAGCACUGCUAAUUGUAGAAGUAAACCAAGCCCAGCUGAGGUGUACAUGCGUAGGAUCAACAAUGCAGCGGCAUCUGUCCCUGAGCCAGGACGAAAGAACAAAAAGGCUCCUUCACCAGAAAUGGUUGUUUCGCACGAGCCUGUCAGUGCCCAGGAACUUCAACCAAGAGGCCGUAAACAACCUAUGUCUGCAGAAGGUAGAGAGCCUGCUCCGUCUUCCUGGAGGAGACAGCCAACAUGUGACGUGGACCCGUACGAAAGGUCUGGGGGUCGAGGAGCGUGGUCCAGCAGGAGUCGCACAGCUGAUGGAAGCCGACCGUGGUCCAGCCGCCAUUUUGACAACUGACACAAUACCAACUACAGAGUUCUUCCAUCUCAAAACUGCCCCUGUGCUCAAGGAACAAAGCUCAUCUCAUCUUUUCCAUCAGUUACACCAUGCCUUAAAAAGAUUUAUCAGCAUGAACGAUUUCCAGGUUAACCUAAGUGACCCCUGGGAACCUCAAGCUUACCCUCUUACACCAGCCAUACCUGUAUGACUUUACUGUCUUCCUGCUGUCACAUGCUCCUACGGCAAUGAAUCCUCUUCUGCUUCUCGUAGUGUAUAAAAGUCGUCAGACAUGACAAGGGAGAGGCACUUGUGAUAUGUGAUUGUCUUGGUGUUGGUUUGUCUACAGAAGGAUGUUGAUGGGGGCUUUGGUUUACUGUUGGUAUUUAUCAUCAUAUUGAGAAUCCCACAAAGACCUCUCUGGGGCCACAUGUCUUGGUAGAUGUCCAAACUAGAGUUUCUGUGUUUUCACAAGGAGCAAAUGACAGCUUAUGUUUUUUUCAUUUAGUUCGGCAAUCUCACAUGUUUGGUUUCAUUUUUUUUGCAGCUUGGUGUUUAUUAAUUAAUUCAGGAAUUCAUUGGGAUAAGUCCACAAAAUGUCUUGAUUAUCAAGUCAAUCACCUUGUGAUCAUUCAUACACAUAGAUGUACAUAUAAUAAGAGCCAGUAGUGUUAAUUUCAUAUUUAAACCACAUUCAAGGAGUACAUGCUAGGACUAGAAGUCUUUAUACAUAAAUACCAAAUCUUUUCAUCCUUUUUGUUUAAUUAAUUGUCUUAUUUGUAAUUUGCUCCUUGCAUCUGAUCAAGUAAAUUCUGAUCUUCUCUCAUUUCAUCUGUUGUUACUUUCUUUUUCGUACUGUUUCAUUUUCUCUUUAACUGGAUUUGAAUGUCCCUAACACCAACAUCUAGAUGGAUGCCAUGUGACUAAAGUUUCUUCUCAAUAUCUGGGAAACGCAUCUUCAUGCAUUCCCUUUCCUGUAUCAGUAGCUCCGAAGGGAUGCUGGCUUUGGAUUAUAAACUACUUGAGAAGAAUCAAAUCAUGUAGAACUCAUUGUAUAGGUCCAUGGUGACCUUGUGCAGAACAUCUGGGUAGCUAAAGGUAUUAACCCAAAUGCUGGACAUUUUUGGAGGAUUUUCAGAGUGGACUCCUCACAGCCACUUUGUGACUCUAUUCGCAAACUUUGCACAGAAAGACAUUGAUCUGAACUCUUAAUGUGUGCUGAGCAGUCAGUCACAGGAAACCAGUGUUUGGGAUUUUGCAGGUCCAUGUCAUUCAAUGGAGUAAUGCGUAAUGCGAAACAACCCCUAGAUGGGUUGCAUUUUCAUGCUAUUUCAGCCAUAGAGCUUGUUUAGCCUUGAGGGUGAGCAGCAUGACACCACAAAGGAUCCAGAAUGCUGCACUUAGGAAUGCCUCUGCCUGGAGAAAUAGCCUGACCAUCAGAAAUGAAAAGCCUCGGAAUGCCCAUCACUUUGUCAUCAUGCCGUUAGAAUUUGCUGAAAUAUUCUUAAUUAAACUGCUGCAGUUCA